CAGGGGGUCAGGGGCCCACAGUGAAUGUUUGCCAGGGGCCACGUAGGGUUUUUAUUCUGGCCCUGACCCACAGGUAGCCUACAGUAUCUAUAUUGUGAGCAACUUGUAGUUGUGUACAUAUACUCAUGAAGAUAUUUCAUUGGGUCCACAGCCUGGACACAAAAGGGAGUUUGUGCAGAAAAUCCAGGCAGCUGACGAGAAGACGAGGCAGAGUCUGUAAACACAGUCAGGAUCGUCUGGUUUCUUGUUGAAGAGAUUUAUGCUGCAGGAUGUGAAACAUGACGAAGAAGACCAGGAGAAAUAGACAAAUAGCUGAAGAGGAGGAGGACCAACUUUGGGACGCACCGACACAGUCCGCGCAUCAGUCUCGGUUUCAAACCUCCUGCUGCUCCGCGUUAAACGAAUUAAAGUGAUGAAGGGGAUUAAACCGGGGCAGAUCAGCUGCUCCGCAUCCUCCCGGACUCCCGGAUCCACGGGAUCUGCAGCUCCAAACCCACGAGCCGCACACGUGAGCAGGACUCUGGCUCCGGUUCCACUCGUUUAAAACUGGGGUAUCCCCGUUUUCAGACGGGUUUGUCUCCCUGCUCUCCAGCCCGAGGAUGCGAGCUGCGUACGGCUGUUGGUCCCUGCGGUUCUUCAGUCUGUGGCGGUGUUCCGUGCUGCUACUGUCCGUUUCCCGUCGCUGCUCUGCGGAUUUUUAAAGAGCCGUUUCUACUUUUACCUCCGCAACGGACUGAGCCUCAGAAGAGGAAACGCAGAGGAUGUUCACACGGUUUAUUCCCUUGUCUCUCCUUUCUUUCUUCUCUCACGCCUGAAUUCUUCUGCAGCACUUUCAUUUUCUCCGAGGCUUCACACAAACCACAGACACCUGAUGCUGGACUUCUGCCUUUGACCCGGGACCCGUUUUGAGGGAUUUAAACCUGGUUCUUUUCAUACUCUACGGUCCCCGACCGAGUUCUAAUCUUUUUCAUCCUGUUGUCUGAAGCUGAAACCCCGGAACCUGUGGAUGUUUGAUCUCCGAUGAGUCACGUCCAAUCGUUCACUUUCCCGUCAGUUCCCUUCUCACGUUUUCCCUCAUGACUGCAGGCGAAGUUGCUGCUGCUUCUGUUUGUUGUCUGUUUCAGAUGUAAUCGGGUUUCCUGGAGGAGAGGAAACCCUGGCGGUGGCGAGGGGCUCCUCGUCUGCUCCAGUUUCUCCACUUUGCUGCUUUGUUUCAGACCAGAAUCAGAUUUAGAGGAGAACCCAGAGGACCAAUUAUCUCUCCGUUAGUUUUCCUGGCUUUCUGCAGUAGGAGCUGUUUUCUUUAUCAUCAAAAGGGGACUACAGCCUGAGGCGUCCUAGGGAACCUUGAACAGAGUUUCUGUUUUAAAGUCACAGAAGAGCCUUUUAGUACCUAAAAGCAGGUUAGGUUAUUAUUACUUAAUAAUGUAAUCGAUCCUGGGGGAGCCUUGGAAAACCACCCUUGAGAAUCCCCAGGAAACACAGAAUCUGGACAGACCCAGGAUGAAACUCUGAAGUGUCCCAAGGAACCCCAGAAGAAUCCACAUUACCCCCAAGACUUCCAAAACUGCUUUGAGAAAUGCUUUACCUCAUGUUGAGAGGCAUCCUGAAAAAACUGUAGAAGGACCCUGCAGACCGUCAGGAUCCAGAAAACUCACUGGGAAGCUCACAAACACCUUGAAACCCCCUGACCAAUACUGGCUGAGGGCCAAGCUGGAGGGUGCAAAUGGACCUUCAAGAAAUGGCUUUAAAUGUGUAAGUGCCUUGAACCUGGAGGUCCAACAAAACCCCGAAGAAAUCUGGGGACAGCAGAAUAAUUCAAGGAUUCCAAGUGUGAAGUGCUUUGAGGAACCCUACAGGGACCCUCAAGGCUCAGACGGAAUCUGGGGAUCACAGAAGGAGCUCAGAAAGCCUAGAGGCCCCUCCAGAGGACCAAUGGGCACCCUGCGGGACCUGCAGUACGCCCUGCAGGAGAAGAUCGAGGAGCUGCGGCAGCGCGACGCUCUGAUCGAUGAGCUGGAGCUGGAGCUGGAUCAAAAGGAUGAGUUGAUCCAGCGCCUGCAGAACGAACUGGACAAGUACCGGUCUGUGAUCCGACCCGCUACUGCCCAGCAGGUCCAGGCCCAGCAGCAGAGUCUGGUCCUGCAGCCGGACCAGCAUCGCAGCAAAAGGCAGGCCAUCUCUGCCGAACCCACGGCCUGCAACAUCAGUGACAUCAGCCAUGUCACCCUGCCCUUCUACCCAAAGAGCCCAGAGUCGAAGGAGCUGAUAAAAGACGCCAUCUUGGACAAUGACUUCAUGAAGAACCUGGAGCUGUCUCAGAUCCAGGAGAUUGUGGACUGCAUGUACCCAGUGGAUUAUGGGAAAGAUGCCUGCAUCAUCAAAGAGGGCGAUGUGGGCUCCCUGGUCUUUGUGAUGGAAGAGGGGAAGGUGGAGGUGACUAAAGAGGGGAUGAAGUUGUGCACGAUGGGACCGGGCAAAGUGUUUGGAGAGCUGGCCAUCCUCUACAACUGCACCAGGACGGCCACAGUCAAGACUCUGGCCCACGUGAAGCUGUGGGCGAUUGACCGACAGUGUGUCCAGACCAUCAUGAUGAGAACUGGACUCAUCAAACACGCUGAGUACAUGGACUUCCUCAAGAGCGUUCCCACCUUUCAAGGUCUUCCAGAGGAAACUCUCAGUAAACUGGCGGAUGUCAUGGAAGAGACUCAUUAUGAAGAUGGCGAGUACAUCAUCCGCCAGGGCGCCAGAGGAGACACCUUCUUCAUCAUCAGCAAGGGAAAGGUGAACGUGACCAAGGGGGACUCAGCCAAUCAGGAGCCAGUACACCUCAGAGAGCUCACCAGGGGCGACUGGUUUGGAGAGAGAGCGCUACAGGGGGAGGAUGUGAGAACAGCCAAUGUCAUUGCUGCAGAGGCCGUCACCUGCCUGGUCAUUGACCGAGACUCAUUCAAGAUUCUGAUUGGUGGACUAGACGAUGUUUCGAAUAAAGGCUAUGAGGACGCCGAAGCCAAGGCCAAAUAUGAGGCAGAGAACGCCUUCUUCUCUAGUCUGAAGCUGAAUGACUUCAACAUCAUCGACACACUGGGAGUCGGCGGCUUUGGACGCGUCGAGCUGGUGCAGCUGAAGAGUGAAGAAGCAAAAACCUUCGCUAUGAAGAUCCUGAAGAAACGCCACAUUGUUGACACGAGACAGCAGGAGCACAUCCGCUCUGAGAAGUACAUCAUGACUGAGGCGCACUCCAGCUUCAUCGUCAGGUUGUACCGGACGUUUAAAGACAGUAAGUAUCUGUACAUGCUGAUGGAGGCCUGUCUGGGAGGAGAGCUGUGGACCAUCCUGAGAGACAGGGGUUCGUUUGAAGAUUCAACCACCAGGUUCUAUACGGCCUGUGUGGUUGAAGCCUUUGCCUACCUGCACGCCAAAGGCAUCAUAUACAGAGACCUGAAACCCGAAAACCUCAUACUGGACAGCCGGGGAUAUGCCAAGCUGGUGGAUUUUGGUUUUGCCAAAAAAAUUGGUUUCUGUAAGAAAACGUGGACAUUUUGUGGGACGCCAGAAUACGUCGCUCCAGAGAUCAUCCUCAACAAGGGUCAUGACGUCUCGGCAGACUACUGGUCUCUGGGCAUCCUGAUGUAUGAGCUGCUGACUGGCAGUCCUCCGUUCUCAGGUCCAGAUCCAAUGAAAACCUACAAUGUCAUCCUGAGAGGUAUCGACAUGAUCGAGUUCCCCAAGAAGGUCACCAAGAAUGCCGCCAACCUCAUCAAGAAGCUCUGCAGAGAUAAUCCCGCAGAGAGACUUGGAAACCUGAAAAACGGAGUCAAAGACAUCCAGAAGCACAAGUGGUUUGAAGGUUUUAACUGGGAGGGUCUAAGGAAAGGAACUCUGACUCCGCCCAUUACACCCGAUGUCUCCUCUCCAGUUGACACCGGUAACUUUGACAGUUUCCCUGAAGACACAGACGAGCCACCGCCAGAUGACAACUCCGGAUGGGACUAUGACUUUUAAGAUCCCGCUCAAGCCCAAAGCCUGGUAUCCCACAGUGGGCAGCAAGGUCCAGAUCUGGGUAGAAGACAACUCAUGACUGGGUUGAACAAACUUCAAUGGAAAAGGACUGGAGGCCUCUCGCUGAUCAAACUGGAUCCAUCUAGGGCCUCUUACUGGGAAACCUGAGCUGCCAUGACACCUGAGAGCUGGAAGAUGACGUGGUUGAAGGAUCAAACCUGUUCAUGCCAGUCGUCUGUCCCUGUUUUCAAGACCAUGGCAGUUUAUCUCUCAGGGGAGAAAAUAGAUUGUAGAAAUUUCAGAGUGACACCUGCCUGGUCCAAUGGUCUAAAAGCAUGUUUUUGGCUUUUCCAACCUGGGGAAGUCAUGCUAGCUCCUCCAGAUUUUAGAGAGCUGUCAGAGCUUUGUAGUGUUACUGCUCCAUCCACAAAAAACUAAAAGACAUCUUUGCAGUGAUUACUUGUUCAGCAGCAGCUGAACCUUGGAUGUGGUCAUCCCUCAGCAGUUUCUCAACCCUCUGAGGGCAGAAAAUCCUUCCUAAAAACUGCACAACACUUUGACAAAACAGCACCAGCGCGUUCUUUCACAACCUGGGAAAGACCUCCGCACUCCUUCAUUUGAAAGAGCUGUCAGGACUUUGAAAAAUAAUUUACAAAAACAUGCCACCACUGCAGAAUAGAUGUUCUGACUCAGAGAAGCAUGAACCAGCUGGGUAUCCUCACCUAUCGGCAGUCAGUAUCACAGUACAGGCCUUGUUUAUGUCCCAUAUAAUGCUGCAAAACUGCGAGGUAGCUGGGACGUUACUCUGUGAUUUCAUUCAGAAAUCUGCUGUUUGAACCUGUCAGUGAAGCUUCCUGAGGCUGAAGCUGAUACAUCUGAAGGAGUUAAGCAGAAUCAAGUUGUCUCAAAGUCCUUCCAAGAGCACUAGGCACUCCUGCAUUUUUCCUCAGGCCAGAGACACAGUUUGUCUCCUAUGUCCAAAUCUGGUCUUGGUACAAACCUACAUCAGAGGCUUUGAGUCGUCCCUUCACAUACCUCGAGCACAUCACAGAAACCAUGGCCCUGUUUUAUGCAGCAUAUGGAAAUGCUCCUGUCAAGUGUCCUUGAUUGCUGGCUGACACUUGACCUUUGACCCCUCACAGGGAGAGCGUUCUGCUACUAAUGCUGUCUGUCCUCUGACAUUUGGAGUUCUUCUUUUGUUGUCUGGAUACAGUUUUCUGGACUCUCUAACCCCAGAGUUUGGCUUUCUGACACUGGGUGGGAAGAGCUCGAGGCCCCCCGCAGCAAGACAGUUUUCAGUGCUGACAGAUAAACCUCUCGAGGAGAAAUUUAUUUAACACUGAACAGACUAACUCAAGGUCACCCGGAUGCCUUCGCUUCGCUUUCCUAGAGCUUCAUGAAGCUUCAUAUCCAAAGACAGAAACACUAAAGGUCUGGGUGUAGUAGCUGCUGACGGGCAGCUGAUGGAAAUAUUUCUGCUUUUAAAUUUUUCUCAUUCUUUAUGUUGUGAAUCUUCUAAUUGCAGCAUGAGAUAUGAUAUUUUGUACAUAUUUCCAAGACUUCCUACAUAUUUUUCCACACACACAUAAACACUCCACAGACACAUCCAUGACUUUGUUUCAUUUCUUAUCAGCUGUUUGCUCUGAGGCCGAGCAGGUUUCAGGAUUUUUCAGAAGCCUUUUGUUUUAAGAUGACGUGACGUACCUGCUUCAUAAUAACCUGGCUGCAGACCUUUGAAUUUCAGAGAUUCAGACUGGUCCCGGUUAUGGGCACACUGAUCACAGUUUCUCUAGUUGUAAAAGCAAAUGGAAGUUCAGCUUUCUACCGAUGCUUCUGUGUGGACAAGUGGCUAAAAUGCAGUAUAGUUUGUACCUGGUACUUUGGGUGUACCUGGAGGAUUAAAAAGUCUAUCCAUGAAGGGGAAAGCUGACAUUCAAAUAUCUUCUUUACUUCAGAUUUUGCACUUAACAUGGUGACAAUGGGGUAACUGUAUUUUUGAGAUCACAGUGGAAAAAUCAGUCGUGAUGUUCACAAUGUGCUGUAAUGGUAACACAAACUGUGUUAAAGUAUAUCUGUGCUUUACAACAGCAUGCUUACAGUAAUUCUGUGACAGAGUGGACAUUUACAAAUGUGGAGUGGAAGUAGACAUGCAGUAUUUGACCUCUGUAUUGUUUUCACAAACAAAAGGUUUUAUAUGUAUUUAUAAAGUAUUUUGUGGCCUUUCGUAAAUGCUGCUGAUAGUUGUCUCUUUGGCACAAAGCCUUUGUAUUAGCCGUCCGAUUUUGCUGUGAUAUUUCAGCAAUGUGACUUCUGUGAGUUCUGCAUGAAAUUUUUGGUAACAGUUGUGACCACCACAAGGCUGAAAACAGUCAGAUGCUCAACGACAGACACCAACGAAGCAGGCAGCGCUCUGCUUUUAGAGGCAGACGUCAACAUUUUGGACAUGCUUUUCCUGAGAAGUUCAGAUGAUUUUCAGUCUGUGUGUUGAGUUGGACUCAGGUCAAAGUUAGCCUAGCUUAGCAUAGAGGCCUGAAGCAGGGGAAACAGCUAGCCUGGCUCUGUCCACCUCAAAACCUUUCUCACUUGUUUGGUACAUACACAAAAAAUGUAAAAGAAAAAAAGUUUAGGAAGUACAGUUGUUCAUAAUUAUGCAGAGCCAUUUCUUGGUGGGAAGCCAGUGAGGGACUGAGCCAUCAUUUGUCGGGGUUUGGAUCUCGGUGAAUAAGCAGAUUUUCAGACAUUCUCUAAAAUAAAAAAUACACCUACCAGCACCUCUGAAUCUCUCUAAGUAACACAUUUUAUAUCAUUUGUCUAACCUGGGAGAACCAUUAUCUUCAGCACCCAAUGCUGGUUAAGCAGGCUGGAUUAGCAUCCCGGCUCCUGCCUGGUUAAACAGGCAGCGAAAAGGAUAGAUGCCCAGAUCCGAUGGCGAAAAUCACAAUCACAGGUACAAAGGUUUUUAAAAAGAUGUUUGGACCAGAAGGAGAAAUAUUCAUGUGCAUAUCAACUCUUAGUGAUGAUGUUUAGUGGUUAUGAGUUUGUGUGAUGAAGCUCGAGUGUCAGUGAUUUAUUUGUACAUACUGGGAGUAUAGUGCUUUACGAAGUUUCAGCUGUUUGUAGUUUAUUAUUAUUAAUAUUAUUAUUGUAGCUGAAGAAACUCUGUGACUCUCUCAUGCUGUCUCAGUUCAGUAAAGCUUUAUGGGCAUGACUGUUAACAAAACAAACACAUAUUUGCCAAAGCAGUUU